UACGGGGAUUUCCACAAAAAAACCCAAACAACUAUGCUCUAUUGAAAAUACAUUUACAUUGUGCUUAUUAGAAACUUCUGCAUAAUCAAGACGUGUAUUCUUGCAGAGACUUUUUCAGAGAAAUCUUUACCUAAAACAUGCUUUCAUUAUUCCACAAACAUUUAAAAGUGUGUUUGGAAAAAAAUACGCAGUACAACAGCCCAGUUUGACCACACUGGAAAUAUAACAAAAGUUCAACUGUUGAAAGGUACUAGAAAUAUCAGCUCACAUACACCACACUUAUGUGAAAUAGUAACUUUUAAGUAUGACCAAUAUGAGAGCUCAGAACUAGCAAGAUUACAUCAUCGUUUCCUGCCUAUGAAGAUGAGCUAUUUUAGCUAAGUGAAGCUGAGCAAAGAAGAGGAAGUCUAAACCUUCUACAGAUUUGGGGCCAUGAGAGGAGCAUCUCUGAAGAAACUUUGUAGUGCACAAAGGGGUAUUUAUGGAGUGCAACAACUAUUCCUAAGUUUAAUUAAACUAUGAUGCCUGAAAAUCACCACCCUGAAGAAUAUAGGAUUGCAUCACUGGUCUUCUACAGUUUUGUAUUCACAGUGGGAUUGUUGGUGAAUGCAACUGCACUAUGGGUUUUCAGCUGCACUACCAAGAAGAGAACAACUAUAACUGUAUACAUGAUGAAUGUGGCAUUACUUGACAUACUUUUCAUAUUUUCCUUGCCUUUUCGGAUAAUCUACCAUGGGAAAGAAACAUGGCCUUUUGGAGAUACAUUCUGUCGGAUUAUUGGUGCUUUCACUGUAUUUUAUCCAGCCAUUGCUCUGUGGUUGCUCACUUUUAUAAGCGUAGACAGAUUUAUGGCUAUUGUCCAGCCCAAACAUGUCAAAGAACUAAAAAAUACAAAAAAAGCUGUGCUGGCUUGCAUUGGAAUCUGGGUAAUGACCCUCGCGACAACGUCCCCAUUGCUGUUUUUGCGAUCUGAUCCAGACAAAGCCUCGAAUUUCACCACCUGCAUGAAAAUGCUUGAUAUCAUCCACUUAAAGGAAGUAAAUACAUUGAACUUUUCUCGCUUGAUUUUUUUCUUUUUGAUCCCCUUGUUUAUCAUGAUGGGGUGUUACCUAAUCAUUAUUUACAAUUUUAUCCAUGGCAAGACUUCUAAACUGAAGCCCAAGGCCAAGGAGAGAUCCAUAAGAAUUAUAGUUACUCUGAUUGCUCAGGUACUCAUCUGUUUUGUGCCCUUCCACAUUUGCUUCACCUUCCUGAUGUUGCAAGAUGAAAAUACAACUUACAAUCCUUGGGCAGCCUUUACUACCUUUCUCAUGAAUCUCAGUACAUGUUUGGAUGUUAUCCUGUACUAUAUUGUUUCCAAACAAUUCCAGGCAAGAGUCAUCAGCGUAAUCCUUUAUCGCAAUUACCUUCGAAGUGUGCGCAGGAAAAGUUUGCGAACUGGAAGUGUAAGAUCACUCAGUAAUAUGAACAGUGAAAUGAUAUAAAAAGAGAAAGAAUGUCAGGGGACUUUUACAAUGUAAACAAGCAAUUCUUUUUCUGAAUUCUUGCAUUUUGACACAUAAUAAUGUUCUAGGCCAGAAGUAACAGAUAUAUUUGUUGCACUGUAAAAAUAAGAGCGGCAGAAUAAUAAUUGCACCUCUCUGUAUUUGCUCAAUAUCUUUUGUUUCAUCUGAAAUGAACUAAAACCUAGUCAGUGUUAAAACUUUCCAAUGCUUUUGUCAUCUCAAAAGGCUGUGAACGUUGUCAGAUGUGAAAAAGUGACAAUUAGUAUAAUAAAAUACACAACACUGAAGAAUUAUGAUGCAACGUAUAUAUUAAUUUUUAUUUGCAAAAUGAAAUGCUCCUGAAACUACUGUAUAUCUCACACUUCUAAAAUUAACUUUAUUCUCUCAAGAUCAAUAUCACCAUUAAAGAGAAGGCAUAUUCAUUUAAUUAAAAACUUUUUUGAUGCAGAUUUCCUUGUAACUGACUACAUUCUACAAUCAUAGAAAUACCACCAAAGGGUAUAAUAAUUAAACUGUUCAUUACCUCCUUAUGCACAUUUCAUGUGCAUAUUUAUUACACCCUACUUUUGCACAAAGUAUCUUUUUACACAUACGAACACAGGAAUUUGUCCAGCCACACUAGCAGUCUAUGUCCUAGCAACAAACUCAAGGUAACAAACACGAUGAGUAACUGCAAUAACUACUCAAGCUUUCAACUCCUUUAGACUACUCACACACUAAAAAAAGUGUAUCUUUAAAAUGUCAAACACAUGCUUUUUCUUCCUCAUCAAAUCAGUCUUUAGCUACUUUCAACAGACACUCUGGAAAAGUAGAAAUAAAAAAGGUCUAAUGUGGUGUUUAAUAUUAAAAAUCUCACUCCAAGAGCUUUUAUUAUUACCUCAGAGUGUAAAACAUAUGGAAACUCAAGUCUAUAUGAGGCUGAUCUCACU